CCUUGACCUGGUUCAUUGUUGACUUCUUUUGCGGACUUUUAACUGAUUUGAUAACGAACAAUGACCUAGGGUCGACUCUGACCAAAACAUUGUCACAGUGAUUUUCAAACGUGUGUAGCAAUAUUUAGUCUUCUUGUGUAAAGUGAGGCAGGAAAACUUAGAAAUUAUAUACCUACGUAAUGCUGACAUUAAAAGAAUUGUGUGGGGGUCUUCCCCUGGAUCCCUUGCCAGAGCUUCAGCCCAGGGAUCCUAACGUCCCACAUGCACCAAUCAGAGUUCAGGAGCUUACACAUGAAGAGGAAAAGCUAGCAGUCCAGAAUGCAUUGCGAUAUUUCCCGGCUCGGUUCCACGAGCUGCUGGCUCAAGAGUUUGCUAUUGAGCUCCGAACGUACGGCCACAUCUACAUGUACAGAUUCCGGCCGGAUAUUGAUAUGAGGGCUUACCCCAUUACAGACUAUCCUGCCAAAUGCACUUCUGCUGCUGCUAUCAUGCAUAUGAUUAUGAACAACCUUGACCCCAAGGUGGCCCAGUUUCCUCACGAGCUUGUUACUUAUGGUGGCAAUGGACAAGUGUUUUCCAACUGGGCUCAAUUCUGGCUGACAAUGCACUAUUUAUCCGAAAUGUCCGAAACACAGACAUUGGUCAUGUACUCUGGUCAUCCAAUGGGGCUAUUUCCAAGCUUGACCACAUCACCAAGACUAGUCAUUACUAAUGGAAUGAUGAUACCAAACUAUUCCAGUAGAGAAAUGUAUGAUAAGCUAUUCUCCCUUGGUGUGACCAUGUACGGUCAGAUGACUGCUGGCAGUUACUGUUACAUUGGUCCACAAGGCAUUGUCCAUGGUACUACAUUAACAAUUUUAAAUGCAGCAAGGAAAAACUUGAAAACAAAUGAUUUGGCAGGAAAGGUUUUUGUGAGUGCAGGACUUGGUGGUAUGAGCGGAGCACAGGCCAAGGCUGCUGUUAUUUGUGGUUGUGUUGGUGUUGUUGCUGAGGUUAGUGAGGAUGCACUCUUAAAAAGAUACAAUCAAGGUUGGGUUAUGGAACUUGUGAAUGAUUUGGAUAAUCUAGUUGCAUUGUUGAAAAAUGCAAGGAGAAGAAAAAAGCCAUUGAGCAUUGGCUACCAUGGAAACAUAGUUGAUGUUUGGGAACGCCUGGUUAUGGAAUAUGAAGCUACAGGUGAAGUUUUAGUGGACUUAGGCUCAGAUCAGACUUCUUGCCACAACCCAUUUCAAGGAGGCUACUAUCCUGUUCAAAUCAGCUAUCAAGAAGCUAGGGAAAUGAUGCACCAGGAUCCUGUCAAUUUCAAGGUUCUUGUGCAAGAAAGUCUUUGCAGGCAAGUGGCUGCUAUUAACAAGCUUUCAGCAGGAGGCAUGUACUUUUUUGACUAUGGGAAUGCCUUCCUACUUGAAGCAAGUCGAGCAGGCGCUGAUGUUGGACGCAAAGAUGGACUUCAUGGUACCACUUUUAAAUAUCCAUCCUAUGUACAGGACAUUAUGGGAGAUAUAUUUUCAUUAGGCUUUGGACCUUUCAGAUGGGUGUGUACCUCAGCAGACCCAGAGGACUUAAAGAAAACAGAUGCUCUGGCAUUGUCUGUAAUUGAACAGCUUUCGAAGAAUUCCAUUCCCUGUUCGGUAAAACAGCAGUAUGACGACAAUGCCAAGUGGAUCAAAGAGGCUGGAGAGCACAAUAUGGUUGUGGGUUCUCAAGCAAGAAUACUUUAUUCUGAUCAGGAAGGUCGCAUUUCUGUGGCUUUGGCUUUCAAUAAAGCAGUUUCAGAAGGAUAUCUGAAGGGUCCUGUUGUGAUAAGCAGAGAUCACCAUGAUGUUAGUGGCACAGAUAGUCUGUACAGAGAAACAUCAAAUAUUUAUGAUGGCUCUGCAUUUUGUGCUGAUAUGUCAGUGCAGAAUGUGCUAGGAGAUAGCUUCAGAGGUGCCACAUGGGUUGCUCUCCAUAAUGGUGGUGGUGUUGGAUGGGGUGAAGUCAUGAAUGGAGGAUUUGGUCUAGUGUUAGAUGGCUCAGAGGAAGCCAAAACUAGAGCAGAAAAUAUGCUAGCAUGGGAUGUCAGCAAUGGGGUAAUAUUUAAUGAUUUGUCAUUACUAUGGUACUUUACAAACAACUUAAUGAUUCACAUUAUAUACAUGGAUAAUAGACAAAGCCUGAAUGAAAAUAUUAAUAUUCUAGAGCCUUACAACAAAUCAUCACUUCUCCAAAAAUUAUUGGAUUGAGUAAAGUAAAAUGACUCACAGCAAAGACCUCUAUAAAAGCUUGCAUAAAAAAACAAAGUCUAAGUUUAACCUUCUUCACACAAAGUUUUACCAGACAUAGAAACAAAUAAGACUAUUACAUGCAGUAGAGUUUAAA